AAUCUUGAUCGUCGGUCGCCAUCCGCGGCAGUCGCACUUUCGUUACGCGUUCGCAACCUCGUGUCAGAAGACUAGAUGAAAAUAUAGACUUUGUUGUACACUGAUAUUUAUGGAUAUGUCGACAUUCAUAUAGCCCUGAUUGAUUGUUUUGUGACAAUUUGCCAGGAUUACAAAUGGGUCGAAUCUGCCGCAAGCGUCAAAUCCGAAGAGACAACAUGGCGGUGCCAGCAAAACAGUACGGGCUCAUCCUGCCUCAGAAAAAAUGCCUGACCAAGCCAACGCGUCCCCAGAAACUUUCUGUGUUUGGCGACGACUCCGACGAUGAGGCGUCUGUUGGCGAGAGUCUGCAAAAAGAAGCAGCUAAGAAGAAGACGAUGAGGCAGACUCAGCUGGAGAUGAAGAAGGCCCUGGAGGAGGACAGCACCGUGUACGACUAUGACGCCGUCUAUGAUGAGAUCCAAAGACAAAGGCUGGACAACAGUAAAAAAGUUUUGUCGGGGGCAGACAAGAAGCCCAAGUACAUCCAUCAGCUGAUGAAGGCAGUGAAUAGCCGCAAGAAGGAGCAGGAACGCAGAGAGGAGCGGAAGAUCCAGAAGGAGCGCGAGGCCGAGGGCGACCAGUUCGCCGACAAGGAGGCCUACGUCACCUCGGCCUACAAACGCAAGCUCCAGGAACAGAAGGACGAAGAGGAGCGUGAGAGGCGCCAGGCCGCCAUUGAAGCUGCGUUGGACGUGAGGAAGCAAAAAGAUCUGAGCGGUUUCUACAGACAUCUUCUCAACCAGACAGUCGGAGAGGAAGCCAUCCCGGAACGCUUGGCCAACAAAAGUGAGAAGUCAGACGACGGGAAGCUUCCAGACACAACCCAAGAGAGAGACAUCACCCCAAGUCCCGGAAGCGACGGAGAGGAAGCUCGCGAGAAGCAGCCUGGUUUCAGCAAGACGCCCUCCUCUUCGCAUUCCAAACGCCAUUACAGACGCAGGUCAGCAUCGUCGGGAAGCGACGGCGAGCGGGACGCGCGCGGGAAGCGAGAGCCGGAGGACGAGCGGAGGGACCGAGACGGCCAGAGUCAAAGAAGCAGACGCCGAGACGGACCGAGGGAAAAAGACGGCGAGGGGAAGUCGCGCAAAGACUCGGUGGGAGAGGAAGAGAAGCCGAGGAAGGAGGAAGGCCAAACGCAGGAGACCAAAGUCGGCAAGUUUGCCAAACGUUCCGACGAGCAGACCCUAAGCUCAGCCAGAGAUCGAUACCUCGCCCGCCAGAUGGCGCGCUCGGCCUCCAAGAGCUACAUCGAACGCGAUGACGACUGUAAAAUCAACAUCGACAACAUCAAUAUUGCCUCGUCUGGAAGUCAUUGUUUAUUUCCCUCACCAGCUGCGUUGGACGUGAGGAAGCAAAAAGAUCUGAGCGGUUUCUACAGACAUCUUCUCAACCAGACAGUCGGAGAGGAAGCCAUCCCGGAACGCUUGGCCAACAAAAGUGAGAAGUCAGACGACGGGAAGCUUCCAGACACAACCCAAGAGAGAGACAUCACCCCAAGUCCCGGAAGCGACGGAGAGGAAGCUCGCGAGAAGCAGCCUGGUUUCAGCAAGACGCCCUCCUCUUCGCAUUCCAAACGCCAUUACAGACGCAGGUCAGCAUCGUCGGGAAGCGACGGCGAGCGGGACGCGCGCGGGAAGCGAGAGCCGGAGGACGAGCGGAGGGACCGAGACGGCCAGAGUCAAAGAAGCAGACGCCGAGACGGACCGAGGGAAAAAGACGGCGAGGGGAAGUCGCGCAAAGACUCGGUGGGAGAGGAAGAGAAGCCGAGGAAGGAGGAAGGCCAAACGCAGGAGACCAAAGUCGGCAAGUUUGCCAAACGUUCCGACGAGCAGACCCUAAGCUCAGCCAGAGAUCGAUACCUCGCCCGCCAGAUGGCGCGCUCGGCCUCCAAGAGCUACAUCGAACGCGAUGACGACUGACGGGGAGCGCCGCCCCCGUCCGCCAAUCGAGCAACAAUACGACGACCCGCUGUACGAGUGCGCUGCCCGUGAAUCUUGUCAAAAUGGCAACUUGUCUACAUUGUAUCAGGAAGUAAAAUCAACAUCGACAACAUCAA